GGCAGAGCCAGCGUGCAAAGCAGCGCCAAGUCCUGCUCCCACCUCGGACGCCCUGGACGCCCUAGACCCGGAGGGCAGAGGCCGAUCGCCCUUCUAUGUCUUUUUCUGACUCCAGUGCAACCUUCCUGCUGAAUGAGGGUUCAGCCGACUCUUAUACCAGCCGCCCAUCUCUGGACUCCGACGUGUCUCUGGAGGAGGACCGGGAGAGUGCCCGGCGGGAGGUGGAAAACCAAGCUCAGCAGCAGCUUGAAAGGGCCAAGCACAAACCUGUGGCCUUUGCUGUAAGGACCAAUGUCAGCUACUGCGGUGUCUUGGAUGAGGAAUGCCCAGUCCAGGGCUCUGGAGUCAACUUUGAGGCCAAAGACUUUCUGCAUAUUAAAGAGAAGUACAGCAAUGAUUGGUGGAUCGGGCGGCUAGUGAAGGAGGGCGGGGACAUCGCCUUCAUCCCGAGCCCCCAGCGCCUGGAGAGCAUUCGGCUGAAGCAAGAGCAGAAGGCCAGGAGAUCCGGGAACCCCUCCAGCCUAAGUGACAUUGGCAAUCGACGAUCCCCUCCUCCAUCUCUAGCCAAGCAGAAGCAAAAGCAGGCAGAACACGUGCCCCCUUAUGAUGUGGUGCCUUCGAUGCGGCCUGUGGUGCUGGUGGGACCCUCUCUGAAAGGCUAUGAGGUCACAGACAUGAUGCAGAAGGCUCUCUUUGACUUCCUCAAACACAGGUUCGAUGGCAGGAUCUCCAUCACUCGAGUCACAGCUGACCUCUCCCUGGCAAAGCGGUCUGUUCUCAACAAUCCUGGCAAGAGGAUGAUCAUCGAACGCUCCUCCGCCCGCUCCAGCAUUGCUGAGGUGCAGAGUGAGAUUGAGCGCAUUUUCGAGUUGGCCAAGUCUUUGCAAUUGGUAGUGUUGGAUGCAGACACUAUCAACCAUCCAGCACAGCUUGCCAAAACCUCACUGGCUCCCAUCAUCGUCUUUGUCAAAGUCUCAUCCCCAAAGGUCCUGCAGAGGCUCAUCCGCUCCCGGGGGAAGUCCCAGAUGAAGCACCUCACUGUGCAGAUGAUGGCAUAUGAUAAGCUGGUCCAGUGCCCCCCGGAGUCAUUUGAUGUGAUUCUGGAUGAGAACCAGCUGGAGGAUGCCUGUGAGCACCUGGCUGAGUAUUUGGAGGUUUACUGGCGGGCCACCCACCACCCAGCCCCGGGCCCUGGACUUCUGGGCCCUCCCAGUGCCAUUCCUGGACUUCAGAACCAGCAGCUGCUGGAGGGGCGAAGUGAGGAGCACUUGCCACUGGAGCGUGACAGCUUAAUGCCAUCUGAUGAGACCAGUGAAAGCUCCCGCCAGGCCUGGACUGGCUCGUCCCCGCACAGCUCUCGCCACCUAGAAGAGAACUAUGCAGACUCCUACCAGGAUCUGUACCAGCCUCACCGCCAACACACUUCAGGACUGCCCAGUGCUAAUGGACAUGACCCCCAAGACCGACUCUUAGUCCAGGACUCAGAGCACAACCACAACGACCGAAACUGGCAACGCAACCGGCCCUGGCCCAAGGAUAGCUACUGAGCGCCUCCUGCUGCUCCACCCUGGAAGCACAGGCACAGCUGGCUGGGGCCCUUUUCCAGGCAGGUUGGAGUUAGGCUGGCAUUAGGCUGGCACUAGGCUCAGCCCCCACGACCCCUGACCCAGCCCCAGCUCCAUGGUUGCCUAGGGUCCUACAAUUCUGGGAGAAACAGGGCCCUUCACCUCCUGGGCAGUGACCCCUUAGGUUCCCAUUUCAGGAACUAGCUGUAUGUGCUGCACCCCUGGCACCUCUUCCUCCUGCACAAGAAGAAGCUGCCUCACUGGACAGUGCCCUUAGACCAGAUCCCUUCAGAAGGGGCCUUCCCACCAAACUCAGGGAAGGAGUGCCUCUCCCAGUGACAAGAGGGUGGGAAUAUGGGCAGCAUGGCAUGAGGGAAAACUCCAAUCCCUGAGUAGGCAUAUGUCCUAACUCACCUCACUGCCACACUUUAGAAAUGAGACAAUCAAAGCCCAACAGGGUGGCACUGCCUCCAUCAGCUGGAGCAGGGUAUUCGCACAAGGCCAGAGCUGCAGGCAGAUGAGGCUCAGGACAGAGGCCUCACAGAUGGAACUACGAAGGACUCUCUUGACUCUGCCAGGAAGCAUCUUGACAUCUCAGGCCAAGGGCCCAGCACAGGAUCAAGCCAAAUGGCAAAUGAAAGCCAACCUGGAUUGGGGUUUGGGGAAGCAAGACCUUUGGGUAGCAGAGAACAUAUAGAACAACUUCGUGGCCCUCCAUGUUCCUUCAUUCUUUUGCUCUUGCAUCCUGUCAUUUCUAUCCUUGGCCCUCAUCUCCUGGGUAUAUGGCCCCAGGCUUGAUUCUCUAAUUCAGAGCUGCUGCUUGUUAAGUUUGGGUUCAUUGGAGAAAGAUGCAGCUGUCAGCCCGAGGCCAUCUACCUGGCUACCCUUGCCUUAUAACUAGUGUGUGACCUACAGCGCAUGCUCCACAGACCCUGCCCACCUCACUGUCAUCACUAAUAAACAUAAUGCACAGCC